AUGGACAAGUGCGAGCGGAGGCUUCACAAGAGCGCUCACCGAACCCCUGAUCAAGACACUACAUCGUCAUGCAGCAACGCCAUCGAGUACACUUCUAUGGACCAGCCCCAUAAACAUGCCGAUAAUGUUGACGAAGAACCAGGGGCGGGUGCUACUUGUGAUGAAAAGACGGUUGAACGUAUUCAUGAGGACUCGUGUACCAGUGCGAACGAGGACAUUGCGGACCAUUCGAGCGCUAUCGGUGUCGACGGCGGCACUCGUGCCUGGCUAGUCGUCCUGGGUGCUUGGUGUGUCUCGUUUUGCAGCUAUGGCUGGAUCAAUAGUGUCGGCAUAUUCCAGGAGUAUUACGAGGCGGGCCCGCUUCGCGAAUAUACGGCGAGCCAGAUUGCCUGGAUUCCAGCAUUGCAGUUCUUCCUCAUGUCGGCGCUCGGUCCCAUAAUCGGUAGUAUUUUUGACAGGCACGGGCCGCAGCCGCUCUUGAUGGUGGGCUCGCUCCUGCACGUCGUGGGGCUGAUGAUGGCUUCGAUAUCAUCCCGGUACUACCAGUUCAUGCUGUCACAGGGUGUCUGUAGCGCGCUUGGAGUUGCCGCCAUCUUUCUCUCUACCAUCGGCUGUGUCAGCGGUUGGUUUGACCGUCGCCGCGGCCUCGCAUUCGGCGUGCUGGCGACGGGUUCCAGCGUCGGUGGCGUCGUCUUGCCCAUCAUGCUCAGCAGGCUGAUUAGCAGCGCCGGCUACGCAUGGGCGAUGCGGAUCGGGGCGUUUCUCAUUGCGGCGUUGCUCUCCGUGGCGAACGUCUUUAUUCGACUUAGGCAAGGCAUCCCGAAGAGAGGCCAACUCAACACGAGACUCAUGGCGAAACCGUUUCGAGAGUUACCAUUCGUGCUUCUUCUUGUGGGGUUGUCUCUGGUACCGUUCGGUCACUACACGCCCAUCAGCUUCCUCCCGACAGCGGCGAUCCGAGCCGGCCUUGCCAAACCGAUGGCUAACAAUUUGGUGGCGUUUUUCAACGGCUCUAGCCUCGUCGGUCGCCUUGUGUCUGGAUUUACUGGAGACAGACUGGGUCGGUUCAACGUCUUCAUCGUGAUGUCGUACGUGGGUGGUGUCCUCGUCCUUGCCCUGUGGAUACCGGGGGUAGGCAUGGGCAGCACCAUUGCCUUUGCAGUGUUGUUCGGUCUGUUUUCCGGGGCCUACAUUGCCCUCUUGCUGGCGCUCGUGGGACAUGAGUGUCCGCUUGACGAGAUCGGGUACCGAAACGGCAUCACGAACUUGGGGGCGUCUAUUGGCGGACUUGCGGCCGCCCCGAUUGCCGGGGCCAUCCUCGAGGGCCCCAACGGCCUGGCGGGACUGAAGGCGUAUGCCGGGGCCUUUCUGCUUGCGGGCACAACGGGCGUGCUCGCUGCGAGGGUUGCCAGGACGGGCUGGCGAUGGGGGGUGGUGAUUUGA